AUGUCUAUUCUUCAAAACCCGUCCCUCCCCAAGACCAUCCACGCUGCUCCCUAUGCAGCCAUAUCGCCCUCCCGUCCCGAGCUCUCCCAGCAAGGCCGCGUCAUCUACGUGACAGGAGGCUCUGCAGGAAUUGGCCUGGCAAUUUGCCACGCUUUCGGUGAAGCCCAAGCUGCAACCGUCAUCCUCACUGGUCGUCGUCAAGGCGCCCUGGACAAAGCCGUCGAAACGCUCUCGAAGAAGCAUCCAAAGACGAAAUUCAUCGGCCAGGUCCUGGAUGCUUCUGAUCGUCCGGCAACGGAGAAAGCGUGGGCACAGCUUGACAGUGAUGGCAUUCUUGUCGAUGUGUUGGUUUUGAAUGCUGCGUUUGUGACGCACAAACAGGCGACUUUGGUCGACCUGGAAUACGAAGAAGCGUGGCCCAGCUGGGUGACGAAUGUGGGCGCAAACAUGGAUCUGAUUCACCGGUUCUAUCACCAGAAGAAGCGUGCUGCAGGCCAAAAGCUGUGGCUCGUCAACAUCUCAACCAUGGCCAUUCACGAUUUUGAAUUUGUCAAGGCAUUUCCCGCCUACUGUGCUUCCAAGAAUGCAGGAACUCUUCUGGUGCAGAUGUACGCCCAGGGAGUGUCUCCCGACGACAUGCAGAUCCUGAGCUACCACCCCGGAGGAAUCUACACCGAGUCGGUGCAGAAGAGUGGAAUUCCAAAGGAUGCUAUGAGUUGGGAUGAUGAAAACCUGCCAGGCCAUUAUGCUGUUUGGGCGGCUUCUGAAGAGGCCAAGUUUCUUCAUGGACGCUUCACUUGGGCGGCAUGGGACGUGAACGAGCUCCAGAGUGGAGAGUGGAAGAAGAGGCUCGAGGAGAAGCCAACAUACCUUCAGGUUGGAGUCGUUGGUCUUUCAUAG